UCUCUCACUCUCCCCUCUCACACACACACACACACACAUGCACACACACAUACACAUGCAAACACAAGUACACACACAGAGACCCCCUCUUAGGCGGGAGCAGAUAGAACGAAGCGGCGAGCCAGAGAAGCUCGCUGGCAGGAGAGCGAGAGCGAGAGAGGGGACGAGCGCGGGAGAGUGAGUAAGCAAUAGAGAGCAAGACAGAGAGAGGGAGGGAGAGAGAGAGAGAGAGACGGAGGCAGCAGAGUGAUCGUAUUGAACAAAGCCAGCAAUAAAGAGCCGGUCGGCGAGGCAGUGACAGCGGAGCGCAGCAGCAGUGGUGACUGGGAGAUGCCUGCCUGUGAGCCCGCCUGCUACUCCUGCUGUGGAGCGUUGAAGGUGUUGAGCUGCAGCUGAGGAUGGCAGGAGACUCCCGAGUCCUUAUGGACCGCGAUAUGGAGAUUGGAGUAACACCGGGACAGGUGAAGAAGCUCCCCAAGCACCUUAGGGAGGCGCAGAUCUCCACCGAGCGCACCCACCUCAUCUCAGACCCCGUCAAGAAGCCCCGCCAGCGCUACGUGCAGAAGGACGGCAAGUGCAACGUCCACCACGGCAACGUGCAAGAGACCUACCGUUACCUCAGCGACCUGUUCACCACGCUGGUGGACCUCCGCUGGCGUUUCAGCCUGCUCAUCUUCACCCUGGUGUACGUGGUCAACUGGCUGUUCUUCGGCCUGCUGUGGUGGCUAAUCGCGCUCAUCCGCGGCGACCUUUGGCACGCCGACGAAGAGGGCUGGACCCCCUGCGUGGAGAACCUCAACAGCUUCGUCUCGGCCUUCCUGUUCUCCAUCGAGACCGAGACCACCAUCGGCUACGGCUACCGCGUCAUCACCGAGAAGUGCCCCGAGGGCAUCAUUCUGCUGCUGAUCCAGGCCAUCCUGGGCUCCAUCGUCAACGCCAUGAUGGUGGGCUGCAUGUUCGUCAAGAUCUCCCAGCCCAAGAACCGCGCCGAGACGCUCAUGUUCUCGCACAAGGCCGUGAUCUCGGUGCGGGACAACAAGAUGUGCCUGAUGUUCCGCGUGGGGGACCUGAGGAACUCUCACAUCGUGGAGGCGUCCAUCCGCGCCAAGCUCAUCCGCUCGCAGCAGACCAAGGAAGGGGAGUUCAUCCCGCUCAACCAGACGGACAUCAACAUCGGCUUCGACACAGGCGACGACCGGCUGUUCCUGGUGUCCCCGCUCAUCAUCUCCCACGAGAUCAACGAGAAGAGCCCCUUCUGGGAGAUGACCCAGGCGCAGAUCGAGAAGGAGGAGUUUGAGAUCGUGGUGAUCCUGGAAGGCAUGGUGGAAGCCACAGGCAUGACGUGCCAGGCCCGGAGCUCCUACCUGGACACGGAGGUGCUGUGGGGCUACCGCUUCACGCCCGUGCUCUCCCUGGAGAACGGCUUCUACGAGGUGGACUACAACAGCUUCCACGACAUCUACGAGACCAACACGCCGUCCUGCAGCGCCAAGGAGCUGGCCGCCAAGCUGCGGGAGGCGCCGCUGCUGCCCCAGCUCUCCGCACUCCCCCCCACCGCCACCCCGGACACCAAGGCCUUCCCCCUGGACCGCCCGCCCGCCAGGGACCCCCUGUCCCAGGUUGAGGACAAGGAGGACGGCGAGGCGGGGGCCGGCGGCGAUCGGGGCGAGACUAAUGGCUCGGCCGCCGCUCUGGAAGGACAGCCCCUGGCCGACGGACUGACUGACUGAAGGGGUUGACGGGUCCAUGGGCCACAGUCAAAACACGCAGAAAUGCACAGACACACACAUGCAUACACACACAUGCGUACACACAGACAGAUUCCCACGGAGAGACUGGAACAGCGGACAAUCGUUGCUUCGUUGAGUCAAUGGCCGGCUUGUUCCAUCGCAUCGCUUGGAGAGACUUGGUCCUCAAGCAGAGAACUCUCGCCCCCCCCCCC